AUGCCGGUGCCGUUUGACACCCGCACCAAUGACAGUUACAAGCUCCUCGCCAUACCCGCUACCUCUGCAAAGCUUGGCAACCCUUUUCUAAGAGCUUACCCCCCUGAGCUUGAAGGCCAUGGCAUAUCCGUGUUGGGCCUGGCUGGCAAUAUUGUCAGCUUUGUGCCUUUGCCCACAGCGCAGAUUGUUGGCAGCGCUGCAAAAUAUGCGGGUACAGUGUCCACAGUCGCCGUGUCCAAGGGCCGCUCCGAAAUGCUCCUCAACGGGGCCAACAGCACUUUUUUCAAAGCGGCUGGCUUGAAGGCUCAAGUUGCUCAAUUAGAUGUUGUCGCGAGGCUGGCUAACAUUCCAAUUCUGGAUUCGGAGGGCAAGGUGGACAGGGGGUCAAGCAUUAUGCUGCCAUUUGAAGAACAGCAAGAGCUUCACACCAUGAACGCCCAACACCGUCGCGUGCAGGCGCUUUCUCCUUGGCUAUCGCCGCUUGACAUGGGACCACUUCCCGAACUCGACGAGUCCACCAAUGACCUUGGUAAGAUGCACGCCAAGGUGAGCGAGCGGCAGCGUCAAGAAGAGAAGACCAAGAUGGUCAAGGACCAAAAGAAGAUGUACAAGGGCUAUACCAAGGACAUGGCCAAGGAAAAUACCGAGUACGAGGAAAAGAUCGAACAAUACGCGAUGAAGGAGAGUAGAAUUCAGGAGAAAGGAGGCAGACGCAUGGAGAAGGAGCUACGAGAGCUGGAGAAGAAGCGAGAGAAGCUGACCAGAGAGCACAACCAGGAGGUUUCUAAAAUUGAAAAGGAUAGACGCAAGGAUGACAAGGAGGAGGAAAAUGACGCCGACGGUAUGGAUGUUCAAGUCGGAACGCCGCCGCAAAAAGUCACCCUCCUCGUCGACACCGGAAGCAGCACGUAUCCUGUCGAGUCUCCCCAUGACAUCUACUGUCAGGAGGGCAUGUGCGAAGAGACUGGCACAUUCGACAAUCAGACAUCGCGCACGGCCAACUUCGUAGACAAUAACUUCAGCAAUGUCGUCUCGAAUCAAGGCCAUCGCAGUGUGCUACGAGAUAUUUUGUCUAUCGGUGGUUACAGCUUCGAAAACAUGAAGUUUGGUUACAUUCUUGGGCAUUACUGCAAUACGUCGCACCCCCUGGCAGCGCUUACUGGUUUGAGUCUCUUUUGCGUAGACAAGUACUGCAAUGCGGCGCGGUCAUUCACGCAAGCAUUGUACGAGAGGGGCUACAUCGAAAAGUGCACGUACAGUGUGUUUCUUGGUCCGGGCGAUGGCAGCGUUCCGCCACACUUGGUGAUGGGCGGGAUCGACUGGGCCAAGCGCCAAGGCCGGGUGUACCAUCUCAAACUGGUCAAUCCUCUCAAGGAGAAAGGCGGUGGUGUCCUUGGAAAAGUCGUGACUUGGGGCCUCUCUCUAAGCAAAGCUGGAGAGCCGAAUGUAGACUUUACGUACCAGGGCGACGACAAAGAAGUGCUUUGGGACACAGGCAGUGCACGCUGGUAUGCGCCGGAGCCGAUUUUCUGGAAGGUGACAGAGUACUUCGGCCUGCCCUCGACGAUUGACGGCUUUGCAGGCCGGUAUGCAGUGGACUGUAAAUACCGCACACCCAACGAGGACGUCCUUGUGGUGAUCUUGGAUGGCGGCCACGAGCUCCCGAUCCCAAUGUGGCAGCUGCUCCACAUUCCGAUCGACGAUAUUCUGAUCCGCACCCCGACCCGCACUGCUGCCAACGGCAAUUGA